UCCUUUUUUUUUUUUCUGAAAAUAAGAAUUAAGAAUAAACAAGCCACUCCUGCUCUUCAAGCCACUCCUACUUCAAUUUUACGCGAGGCAGAGUUGCGGAAAACGAUGGCGGGAAAAGAGGUCGGCAGCGAAGGUGGGAACAUCGCUGGGAUGUCGAAGAAUCAGCUCUACGACAUCAUGUCUCAGAUGAAGAAACUUAUGGAACAGAACGAGAAACAAGCAAAGCAAAUUCUGGUUCAAAACCCUACGUUGGCCAGAGAUCUCUUUCAGGCACAAAUAUUGCUCGGGAUGGUUCAGCCAACACAGACGAUGGGCACACCCUCUCCCACAAUACAAAGUACUCAGACAUUGCCAUCUCACGUUCAGCAGUCAAAUACUCAUUCUGUUCCAGCAGUAUCAUCAGGACAAAUGAAUUUGCAGGACCAAAUGAGAAAACCGCACCAAAUGCAACCUCCAUUAUUAGUGACACCUGUGACUGCUCCCCCAUCAAACCUUCAGCCACCAUCCUUGCCACCUCAUCCAUUACAUCCUGCACAACAGCCUAAAUCACACGUUAGUGCCCUGUCAGCGUCAGUUUCAUUGCCACCUCAUCCAAACAUGCCACCACUUCCUCAUCUUCAACCACACAUGUCCUCUGUUCCUACUCAGUUGGACCAAUCGAUACAGAGCGGUGGCAUGCAGCAGCAUCUGCCGACAUUGCAGCCGCCACUACCGCCACCACAGGUGAGACCUCCAGUGCAGUCCUUUUCUCAGCAAAUACAUCCCCAGAUUGGGCCCAAUGCAGGGUUUCAGCAGGCUGGGCCACCACCUCAGAUUCACCAUUCACAACCCAUGUUUCAUGGAGGUAAACCUCCAGGUCCAAUGGGCUCUUCAUUUAUUAUGCCAGGACAACCACCUCCCCCGACACUCUAUCAGGGGGGAGGCUCACACAUAAGAACAGAUUUCAAUCACAUCGGAAGCUCUAUGCCCAUGGAUAGAGGAGCAAACUCUGCAUGGAUACCCGGCCUCCUCCCAGACAAUAAUACACCAAAAGCGCAGCUUCCCGGGCCUCCCCCACCAUUCCCGGGACAAAUGGGAACCGGGAAUCAAUCCGCUCGACAACCAGCUUUGACUCCAGAGAUGGAACAUGCUCUUCUUCAGCAAGUCAUGAGUCUCACACCUGAACAGAUACAUUUGUUGCCUCCUGAUCAGAGGAAUCAAGUUCUUCAGUUGCAACAGAUGCUGCGUAAGUGAGAGGAGAGCAAAGUUGGCCAAGUACAAAACAACUUCUUUUGAGACCAUACGUUGCAAUUCUGUGGCAGAAUCUUGUAUUUUGACAUCAGGUUCCAUGAGUUCAAUAUGUAUGUUCUCCACAUGGAUUGCAUGUUAAUUAUGAGUGUGAGGACUGAACUUUGUCUUCUUGUUUCUCCGUUAUUGUUUGUAUUUUCAAUUUCUUGAGUUUAUAUAAUUCUUUGAUGGUCAUAGUCAUUCCCUACAUUAGUGGUGGACCGGGCCCGGUUCUGAUUCGGGCCUAGGCCCGGCCGGGCCUGGAAGGUUUUGGGUAAGGCCCGGGACCGGCCCGGGAGGCUACCGGUUCCGGGCCAGGCCCGUUCGUCUUUUUGGUGUACCGGAACCGCCCCCCUACCCCCUUACCCCCUCGGGCCAGGCUGGUUCCCGGGCCGGUCAGACCGGGUCCAUGACUACCCUACAUUGUCCAAAUACUGUGUCUAUUUAUCAAUUUCUUGAGUUUAUAUAAUUCCUUGAUGGUCAAUGAGUCAUUC